GCUCUACAUCGCACCUGUACCAACCACAGAAAGUUUCUUGCAUCCCAUGUUCAUCUCUGCCAGAUGACCGCAAUUAGAUUAGAACAUGUCGACUUUCUAUGACUUCGAGAUACCGGUUCAAUGUACUGAAUCUACGAAAUUUUCCUCCGAAUGUCUGUGAUUCACGGUGAAGUUGGGUCCCAUGAUUCCUUGAACAAGAACACCCCUCAGACGACAUCAUGGAUCCUUCAAGCAGCAGAAACCAAAAAAACAGACGUGCUCCCAAGCUCCUUGAAGCGGGUCCGUACGGAGAAGGACGAGUGUCUAAGAGGUUCUCAGCAUGACCGACGAGACGCCUCACUCCCUUCAGUCGCCACACACCGACCUCUCAAGAGAUGGUAUAUGCUCGCCUGCCUUUAUAGAAAUGCACACUUGACGCUAGAAUCGAAUCGGUCUGCUUCCGUUGAAGAUCAACCCUCAAGUGCCGACUUUGAAUGUCAUGAUCGUAAACCGGUCAAGCGUCCUCACGCCGAUGAAGGCGCCUCCUCAGACAACUCAGACGACGAUAUUGUAACGAAGACUCUACUGUUGCCAAUGGAGCUGCAUGAUCUCAUUCUCGAGCAACUUGGCAGCCUGAAAAUAUCGAGCGUAACCACUAUGACACUCUGUGGGCUUGUGCCCAUACCUGCUCGAGAUGACGUCGUGCGGCCUGACCUCAUAUUUUUUGCUAUGUUUUGAUACAGAGCGAGGAAAGUCUCCGCAGACUCGCUGAGCUUGUCCGUGUCGAUCCAAACAUCGCCAAUUGGAUACACAAAAUUUGUCAGAUGAGGAGGAUAUGGAAGACUACGAAGGUCGUUGGAUAUAUCAAUUUCCCUCCGUCCUCGGUGUCACCCCACCUAAUGUCAGAAUCCUGGACUCUUUCAAUUUGCGCCUAUCUAUAAUAUCGUUCGCGAGGACCUCGAAGAUUUCGC